GCUAGGGGGCGGAGCCUGUGGAGAGGCCGUUCACUGUUCCGGGGACCGAACGGUUGGCGGGGCGGGUCUUGUUGCUGGAAGCCGACUCGAAACCGCGGCUGGGCGGGGUUGGGCUCGGUGCAGCCCUGCCUGUGGAGGAAAUUCAUGACUUGUAGCUGCUGCCUGGUGUGCGAUCGGAGAGUGGAGCAUGGAGCGGGUGUGCCGCGGACUGCCCGAGUCCCCGAUCGGGUCUGGGACCCGCUUAUGGGACACCCAGGUCACUUUGAACACCAGUGUCUUUUGGCCCUGAUGAAGUGUCUCAGCCAAACCAUCAGCUCUUCAUUCCUCUCCAUAGAUGCUGCCUGACCUGAGUUCCAGAAUUUUGUGAUCACAAUGCUACUUUUCACACAGACAGCCCGGAUCUGACGGCGUGUUUCCACAACACUAUCCUGGUUUGGAUUCCAUGUAUUUUUCUCUGGCUGGCCUUCCCACUAUACUUCCUGUAUCUCCGACAGAGCAAACGAGGUUAUAUCAGAGUCACCGUACUCAACAGGGUCAAAACGGUUCUGGGGCUUCUUUUGUGUAUUAUCAGUUGGUUGGAUCUCUUCUAUGCUGUCCACGAAAUGGUGAACCAAAAAGGAUGGGUCCUAGCAUAUUUCAUCAGUCCUCUGCUGCUGGGAGUCACAAUGUUACUUGCAACAUUUCUGAUCCAGUACGAGAGGCUGCGAGGAAUCCAGUCCUCUGGAGUUCUCCUCUUCUUCUGGCUCAUCACACUGGUUUCUGCCAUAUUGACGUUCCGCUCAAAGAUGCUGACAGCGUGGCGUGAGAAAAGUGUGUCCGAUGUCUUCCGAUUCACCACGUUCUGCAUGUACUUUGCCCUUGUUCUGAUUCAGUUCUGUCUCUGCUGCCUCAGUGAGCCUUCUCCAUACUUCUCCAGCAUACCAUCAGAUGUGAAUUCGUGCCCAGAAGUAGACGCUGGCUUUCUCUCAAGGCUGACAUUCUGGUGGUUUACUGGUAUGGCAAUACGUGGUUACAGGCGCUCUCUGGAGGACAAGGAUCUCUGGGCACUGAACCAUGAGGACAAGUCGGAGGUCAUUGUGCCAAAACUGCUGAGAGAAUGGGAGAAAGAGAAGCUGAAAGCACAAAGGAAGCAAGAGGUGUUCGACAAGUGCUCGAUCAUGAUGAACGAUCUCGAGGGUGAGCCCCAUGAAGCUGAAGUUCUCGUUUCCAACAAGGCGCAGCAGAAGAAGCCUUCGUUCCUCCUAGCUCUGUGCAAGACCUUUGCUCCGUACUUCCUUGUGGGAUCAGCACUGAAGUUUUGCCAGGAUUUGCUGUCCUUUGUCAAUCCACAGCUUCUCAACGUGUUGAUUUCAUUCAUUAAAAACCCUGAGGCCAGGACUUGGUGGGGAUAUGGCAUCGCUAUUCUGAUGUUCAUCGCCACGGCCCUGCAGACCCUCCUCCUCCACCAGCACUUCCACUAUUGCUUUGUAACUGGCAUGCGACUACGGACAGCCAUCGUUGGAGCCAUAUACCGCAAGUCUUUGAUCAUCACAAAUUCUGCAAAACGAUCGUCGACUGUUGGGGAAAUUGUGAAUCUAAUGUCCGUGGAUGCGCAGAGAUUCAUGGAUCUCACUGCUUUCCUGAACAUGCUGUGGUCUGCACCACUCCAAAUUUGCCUGGCUCUCUACUUUCUAUGGCAGUACCUGGGUCCUUCUGUCCUGGCAGGUGUUGCCGUUAUGAUUCUGCUCAUCCCUUUCAACGCCAUGAUAGCUGUAAAAAGCAGGAGCUUUCAGGUCCAACAGAUGCAGUACAAAGACUUGCGGAUCAAGCAGAUGAACGAGAUCCUGAAUGGUAUAAAGGUGCUGAAACUGUAUGCCUGGGAGGCGUCCUUUGAGGAAAAGAUCCUGAGCAUUCGAGAGAAGGAGCUGAAAAUUCUGAAGAAAGCAGCCUAUCUCAAUGCCCUCUCCACCUUCACCUGGACAACUGCUCCUUUUUUUGUUGCCUUGACAAGCUUUGCGGUGUAUGUGUACAUGGAUGAGAAUAACGUUUUGGAUGCACAGAAAGCCUUUGUCUCCCUCUCCCUCUUCAAUAUCCUACGGUUUCCACUCAAUAUGCUGCCUCAGGUCAUCAGCAGCAUCAUCCAGGCCACUGUUUCACUCAAACGAUUACAAAAUUUCCUGAGCCACGAUGAGCUGGACCUCACAAGUGUUGAGCGAGUGAAGACUGCAUCAGGGCACUCGAUCACAGUAGAGAAUGGGAAGUUCAGUUGGGGGAAAGAAGACCCAGUUGUUCUGGAGAGGAUCAAUCUGGCUAUUCCUCAAGGCUCCCUGGUGGCUGUGGUCGGCCAGGUUGGGUGUGGCAAGACUUCGCUGAUUUCAGCUCUGCUGGGGGAGAUGGAGAAACAGGAUGGCAAAGUUUCAGUCCAAGGAUCUGUGGCCUAUGUACCUCAGCAAGCCUGGAUUCGGAAUGCCUCACUGAAGGACAACAUCAUUUUUGGAGAGCCUCUCAAUGAACAGAAGUACAGCGAGGUUCUGGAGGCCUGUGCAUUGGUUUCUGACUUAAAUGUGUUACCUGGUGGGGACCAGACGGAGAUUGGUGAAAAGGGGAUAAAUCUCUCAGGGGGUCAGAAGCAACGGGUGAGCCUGGCCCGAGCAGUCUAUAGCGACAUGGACGUCUUUCUCCUGGAUGACCCCCUCUCAGCUGUUGAUGCCCAUGUGGCCAAACAUAUCUUCGACAAAGUCAUUGGCCCAGAAGGAAUGUUGAAAGGGAAGACCCGGGUUCUGGUUACUCAUGGGAUCAGCUUCCUGCCACAAGUGGAUCGGAUUGUGGUGCUGGUGGAUGGCAAGGUCUCUGAGAUGGGCUCAUACCAGGAGCUGCAGAAGCAGAAUGGAGCCUUUGCUGAGUUUCUACGGAAUUAUGCUCAGCAAGACGAGGUGGACGAGGAUGAAGCUACAGUGGCUGAUGAAGUUGAAGAGUUUCUUGCCGAAGAUUCCCUAAGCAAUCACAUCGACCUUGGUGACCACGAGCCGUCAGCUACCGAGGCACGGAAAAACUUCAUGAGGCAGAUCAGUGUCCUUUCUUCCGACGGAGAAGCAUCGACACGGAAGUCUACGAGAAAGCGACUUAGCCAAAAGAAAAAACAGGUGGAGACUCCACCAGCUGUGGCAUCUGAAACAAAUAAACUGAUCCAGGCUGAGAAGGCAGAGACAGGCAGGGUGAAGCUGGUGGUGUUCUGGCAGUACCUGAAGGCCGUUGGCUCCUGGAGCUCCCUGCUUAUUUGCCUGUUGUACUGCUGCCAGAAUGCCGCGGCGAUUGGCGCCAACUUCUGGCUCAGUGACUGGGCCAACGACGCUGGCAACAACAGGACCACCGACACAACCCGCCUGCGGGUGGGGGUGUAUGCAGCUCUCGGCCUAACACAGGGCAUGCUGUCCUACAUUGCGUCACAGCUGCUAUUUGCAGUGUGCUGUAUCCGUGCCUCUAGACUCCUGCAUGCUCACCUGCUUAACCACACCCUCCGCUGUCCCAUGCAAUUCUUUGAGCUGACCCCAGCCGGCCGAAUGGUGAACCGCUUCUCACAGGACAUGGACACCAUCGACGACCGGAUCCCAGCCUGUGCGGAGGACUUUCUGCUUUGCCUCUUUGACGUUUUGUCCACCUUGCUGGUGUUGGCUCUCUACAUCCCACUCAGCAUGCUGUCAUCUCUUCCUGUUGCCUGCCUUUACUUCUUUCUGCAGCGUUUCUACGUGGCUACUUCGCGGCAGCUGAAACGCCUGGAGUCCGUCAGCCGCUCACCCAUCUACUCCCACUUCUCGGAGACAAUCACUGGCUCCAGCGUGAUCCGAGCUUACGGCCGAGAGAAGAGCUUUAUUCUCCUUAACAACAUUAAAGUGGAUGCCAACCAAAAGAGUUACUACCCGGGCAUUGUGUCUAACAGGUGGCUGGGGGUCCGGAUCGAGUUCAUUGGGAAUUGUGUUGUCCUCUUCGCUGCACUGUUUGCUGUGAUUGGCCGAACCUCCCUCAGUGCUGGCAUUGUGGGUCUCUCUGUAUCCUAUGCUCUGCAGGUGACCAUGUCCUUGAACUGGAUGGUGAGAAUGACCUCAGAUUUGGAAUCCAACAUCGUGGCAGUGGAGAGGGUGAAGGAGUAUUCGGAAACUGCCACAGAGGCACCCUGGGAGAUUGAGGCCAAUCGCCCGGCCAAAUCAUGGCCAGAGAUGGGGAAGGUGGAAUUCAAGGGAUACAGUGUCCGAUACAGAGAGGGCCUGGACCUGGUGCUGAAGAGACUGAACCUGAGCAUCAGUGGCGGAGAAAAGGUUGGCAUUGUUGGGCGGACAGGUGCCGGCAAGUCCUCAAUGACUCUUUGCCUCUUCCGAAUCAUCGAAGCGGCAGAAGGGGAGAUCUGCAUCGACGGGAUAAAGAUCGCCGACAUUGGGCUGCAUGACCUUAGAUCAAGGCUUACCAUCAUUCCCCAGGACCCCGUGCUGUUCUCUGGCACCCUGAGGAUGAACCUCGAUCCAUUUGAUCAGUACUCGGACGAGGAAGUGUGGAGGGUAUUGGAGCUGUCUCACCUGAAGCAGUAUGUCCACAACCAGCCGGCUGGACUGGGACAUGAGUGUUCCGAAGGAGGAGAGAACCUCAGUGUGGGCCAAAGACAGUUGGUGUGCCUUGCCAGAGCUCUCCUGAGGAAGACACGGAUUUUGAUUCUCGACGAAGCCACUGCUGCUGUUGACCUGGAGACUGACGACCUGAUUCAGUCCACCAUCAGGACUCAGUUUGAGAACUGCACUGUCCUCACAAUUGCACAUCGCCUCAACACAAUCAUGGAUUACAACAGGGUGUUGGUGCUGGACAAAGGGGAGAUCGCAGAGUUUGAUUCGCCCAGCAACCUCAUUGCACAGAAAGGAAUAUUUUACAGCAUGGCCAAAGAUGCCGGAUUGGUGUAACGACACCCAGAUGUAAAAUGAGGCAGAGCCAAGUCAAUGCAAUGGCUGUACAGGUCAGCUCAAGAGAGUGCUGCAGCUGGAGCACGCAGAAACAAGAUGGGCAUGAUUGGCGGGGGGGGAGGGUGGAAUAAAAUCUCUAAUAGCAUUUUUUCUAUUUUUGUAUUUGAUGUAUUUAUACAUUAAGCAUUUAUUUUGAAGUAAUUUUGAAUUAUUUUGUAACUACUACUGCGAACGGCAGCUACAGUAUAAUCCAUUAAGGUAGCCAGUAGUUUAAAUAAAAUGAUUUGUUUGCUAAACUGAUCUGAAACUUGCCUUAAUCAAUCAGCUGCAUAAGCCAGCAGCAGUAAUGUGGGUGGGUGUGCCUGCGUUCACUGCUCUCUAAUAGCUCAGUGAGCCAGGAGUGGUUAUCACCAUGGGAACUGUGUGGAAUAUACAGCAUGAAUGCCAGGGCACAAAGAACAGGGAGACCUACACAUUCAACUCUAGUUCCUAAAAAUGAAAUGUAUGGCUGUAUAGUGGGGAACAGAAUACAACAUGUUGCAAAUUAACAAAACACUGGUUACACUGCACGUGGAGUUCCAGUCACCCCACACACUAUAGGAAAGUUGUAGCUGCACUGGAGAGGGGCCAGGUGUGAUUGCCAUUUAUUAGCAUUCAAUUCACAUCACUGUAAGUAGUUUCUAUGUUCUCCUGUGACUGCAUGGGUUUCCUCUAGGUGCUCCAAUUUCCUCCCACAUUCCAAAGAUGUACAAUUAAGAGUUAGUGAGUUGUGGGCAUGCCAUGUUGGUGCCAGAAGCCUGCAAGUAGCCCAGCACAUUUUCACAGUGUUAGUCACUGAUGCAAAAGACAUUUCACAGUAUAUUUCAAUGCACAUUUGACAAAUAAAUUUUUACCCUUUUCCCUGUCAUGGUAAGGGAUCAAAAAGGAGGAAUCAGUUCAAAAUUAGGAAGGGGUUUAUCUGAGGACAGGAAGAUAGGUACAAUAAGAUAGUUGGACCGAUAGAUGUUCAAGAAAUGGGACUAGCUGAAAUGAGAAUCUUGGUGAGUAUGGGCCAACUGGUUUAAGGACCUUUUUCCAUGUAUAACCCAACUACUUGCUGACAAACCCAACAAUUAAAUACCAGCUCCAGGAAUGUUUACUGAAAAAAUUUUAUUCAUAGUUGACACUAAAAUUUGCAAAUUACAGCAACCAUAUUCAAAGUACAGGAACAGCAGGGCAGGGAAAAAUUCAACACGUCCUUGUAGUUGGAUGGGAAAGGAAGGAACAGGCUGCAGGCUAGCACUAUGAAAACCAAAAUAAAAACGGUGGCCACAAGAUAGAUCAGCCUUGAUCAAAACAGCUCUAUACAACUCAACCUGCCUGGUAUUUACAGAGCAGUCACUACAAACUUAAUCGUCAAGGAAAACCUUGGGUACAAAUGCAAGUCACAGUCUGGGCUGCUCACUUUAGCCUGACACAUUUGUGGUUUAAAAAACAGCACUCGAGCUCACUAUUGGUAAAGUGUUGCAAGCACAAGAAAUGGGAACUCCUCAGGGAAACUAACCAUACAAAUUCAUUUCUGGACUUUUUUUUUGCUUAAAAAUGACAACUUCUCUCCCCCUCUACACCACUACACAGCUUUCUUUCACCUUGUUUUAAUGGGGCAGAGCCUUCAGAACAGGCAGUCAAAUCUUCACUGGAUUCCUUGACGUCUUCUAAAUGGCCACUCCUAUGAAAUGAAAGAUUCAAGAGCACACAAUUAGAAAUGAGGAAACGGACAGCCACACUUCAGAUACAACCAGGUCUUUUUUUUAAAAAAAAGGCAAAAGGCAAGCAAGUACCUCUUGGAGACUUCCUACUGCCCUACAGAGCUCGUCUUCUGGCAUUUCUGCUAACGACUGGCUACAGCUCUAACCUAGAAAAGGAAACCCUUUCUCAGAUUGUAAAUAGCCCACCUCUACUGUAUACAUGUCAUUUACUGUAAUCUCCCAUCUGUAAUACAGACAGCAGAGUUGUCACUGAUUUAACAUACAUCAAUUUGCCAAGGGCAGUAACUUCACAUUUUCUGUACACAUUUGAUUUUCCCCACAUGUCAAUAUUAAUUCUUUACUGGAAAGCUGCCCUUGAUGUGUGGCCGUGGAUGAUAGCAAACUGGUUAGUGCAUCUCAUCAUUUACCCAGGUUACACCUGCCACACACUGCACGGCAAUAUGAAGGCAGCUUGCAAAUUAAGACCAGCGUAGAAUGGCAGACAGCCAUUCAACCCACCGAGCCAGCAUCAACAACAUUCUUCCCAAUCUCCAGCCUCUCAAAUUAUAACACUCCCAUCCUCCAUAACCCCCCCACCCCAGGCUCCGUACACAACUCAAAAUCACGUCUACUGCUCCAUUUUAAGCAGUUCAUCUUUUCUACUU